AUGGUUCAUGGAUCCCCAGAUCUAGAUUUCCCCGUAUCUUCCGCCCUUUCGGCAUCUUCUUCAUUGUCCCCCUCCAACACGCGCAAUUUGCGUGCCAAAUCGCGUCUGGCCCCGGCGGUGUUCUUAUCCUCUCCGUCAGGAGAUUCGAGCUCCAGCUCAUCCGCUGGUUCUCCCUCCCAGAGCGUGACCCUCGAACCCCCGCCGCUUCCCUUCUUAUCGGCAAAUCUUCGACCAAGCGAUUCCCUCACGUCGUCGCCGGACAAUCGCAGAGCGGAAAGCAGUGUCUACUACACCACUGCCUGGGGAUCUCCGUAUGCAGCACCGAGCACCCGGAGAUUAUCGCUGACUCUAAGCCAAUACGCCGGUCUCGACAACGGAGGUUCAAGGGAUAGCUCGCCCACUCGAUCUAUCGUCAAUCCCCCCGAGCUUCGGAGAGCUAGUGUCGCCGUCAAUUCGGAGGAUCUUGCUGGCCAUCGCGGAGGGAAAACCAUUCGGGAUUUCACCCAGGAUUGGAUCAAUCAAUACUUAUCCGGCCAGCCCAGAACCGAACGCAGUAAUUGGCUGAGCGACGAUUCAGGAAGCGAGGCACCCUCGUUUUUCACAGCCAAGAAUCACCUUGCCGACGACCUUUCGGACGACUGGCUUGGUCUGGAGGAAGAUACUCGGGAAAGUGAGCUUCUGAAGACACCGACACUUUCUGAUUUUGUUGGGAAGAGGUCUGCUGUCCGCGCAAAGGCAAAGAAGAACACUCACAAGCGCACGGAGACGCUGCGCCAGGAGGAUUUUUGGGGUUUCGCGUACGAUAAAGAAUCAUCCAACAUAAUGUCAGAUUCCAAGGAGUCUCAAAUUCCGGCUAUGGAGGUUACUUCGCCAGUCACCUCACCAGUCACUUCACCAGCGGAGAAACCAUUACCGCCUCCGCCGACAAUCAAUGAUGAGGAGGCAUCAGAAGAAAAUGCAGAAGGCUCGGAAAUGCCAGAUAUUUCAAAGGUACCAGUGGCUGAGGUCACUCCAUCUAUUCAACCCCCACAAAGGCGGAGGAAGAAGAUCGUAUGGAAGGGCAAGCAGUGCGUUAUUGAUCUGCCCGUCGAUGACGCUCGUGGGACUGAAGCAUCUGGCUAUCAUAUUUUGAAGCCAGAUGAGGUCGAGGCUCGACUGAAGAAGUGGGAGGAUGAGGGUUACGACGUUCAGGGAUUCACUAUUGGUGAUGUGUACAAUUCCACUGAGCCAACCGACCUUGGUAGCUUGACCCGUCCUUUGUACCCUGAUCCAGUCGAGGUGCACGAGGAGGGGAAGACUGAACCUACCUUCAUUCGUUUCCCCGACAAGGCAGUAUGGGAUUCCUAUGUGGCCCACUUGCAAGAGGAGAAGCUGCGGGCUCUCGGCGUGUCUUUUGGUGAUGAUGAACCGGGUCCUUCCAUUUCACCUGCUUCCGGAUCAAUGAACCACAGCCAAACACCCUUCCCCGGCAUGAUGGGAUCGCCACCCAUUCCUACGGCGUCCGCUGCAAGCAAUCCGCUUGGCAUUCAUCCUUUUUCGCCAGCAUUCGGCCAGUCAACCGGGGCCGUAAGUGGAGGUAUUGGAUCUCUGGCUUCACCUGCAUCACAAUUCAGCGUGCAGACUCCGUUCAUGGGCAUGAAUGGCAUGGACCAGAGCAUGAUGCCUGGAUUCCCAUUCCAGUUCCAGCCUACGCCACCUGCACAAGGAUCUAUGACCCCGCAAAGCCUGAUCAACCUCCGCCAAGCCAAUGGUUCUGUUGGUCCAGGUGCACUUCACAACUUUAGCUCCAUGCUGUCGCCUGUCUCACCGCUGCAUGACCAAGUCCCGUUCCAUACCGGUUUUGAUGACGGAUUCCAAGAUAAGGAGGUAUAUGACGACCGCUUUGGAAAUGCUGGCUAUGAGGACGGCCCUCCAUUCCCAACACCUAAAACCCCCGUAAACGAUUCAAGUCAGUUCCACGCUUCCAAUGUCGAGAUUGCCCACCCGACACCUCGCGGUCAUGGUCAUAACUUGAGCGAAACCCUCCAGAGAGGUCUUGACAAUAUGACACAUCCUGAUUAUCAUUUGAGCCAUACCGACCAUCAGAUGGAGACAGACGAGCAGGAUGUGGGACACCGUGACCUCAAUGCCAACAUCCUCAAGCCCCACUGGGCUUUGCCAGAGGAUGGUGUUCAUCGACAGGUUCAACAUGGGCCGACUCAGCCAUUGCACUCCUUUGCCCAGCACCCUCACCAGUUCUACAAUGAUCACUACACGCAAGACAAUCAUCAUGAUGGCUCUGACUAUGAUACUAAUCCUAGUAUCACUGGAACUCCGCAGACUCACGGUGCGAAGCCAAACCAAGGGCCAUGGCACGAAUCAAAGCCAAGCGCUGGCUCUUUCCGCGGUCACCAUAGCAAGCUCUCCACUUCAUCCUUCAAUGUCGAAGCCAGGGAGUUCGACCCGACAGUUUCUUUUGGCUCCCAGGCCGGGCGCUUCCCCGACAAUGGUUUCCAGUUCGCAGGAAUCGAACAGGCCGGGUAUGGGUUUGCUCCGGCACCUUCUUUUGCUCCUGGCAUGGUGAACGCCCCCGUCGAUCACAACCCCGUGCCCAUACCCGAGCCCAAGCCCAAGUCCAGCUUCAAGUUCUCUGCUGCGUCUUUCAACGUUGAUGCGCCUGUCUUCAACCCGUCUGCUAGCAUUACCUCAAAUCAUACCGCCAAGCAGCCAUCUGAGAGUCGGACAAAGAUUUUUGGUGAUAUUGAUAUUUCCGAGAUCUCGAAGCCAACGAAGGAGUCAAAGGCUGUCCCUAUCGUCCGACCUGACGAUGAAGUCGAGCACAGCCAAGUGUAUGACCAACUUACUAAUGAUGACGAGGGACGACCAGUGCCAACUGAUCGUCAUAAGCGGGCUCGCCGAGGCGUGGGCCACGCUGAAGGCGAGGCCCGGUACAGUAUCUCAACCCAUCCGUUGGGUGAGUCGGGCAACGCUCAAGCUCCUAAUACGCUGCAGAGUGUUGCCGAGGGCAAGGAGAACGCCUCCCCCGAUGAUGAGGACAACAAGCGAGGCGAGCGCCAGGUUACUCCCCACAGUGAGGCGGAUACAUGGACUCUCUUUGAUGCGCAGCGCGAGGGUGCACGAUCUCAAACUGCAUCGCCUGUUCUUACUGAGCACAUCAAAGAUAUCAAUGAACCUACCCAGGAGAGUCUGGAACAAUCCACUCAGGACAGCGCUUCUAAAUCUGAUGCCAAGCCUACCGGCCAUUCUUCUCAACAAUCCAAGGACAAAGACAUAAUGCUCUCCGCCACGGCCAAGCCUUUCGAGUUCAAGCCUGCUGUCCCCUCUUUCACGCCGACCGCAGUGGAGCCCUCUGGAGAGGAAACCUCUACACCACAGAAGUCAGAGUCUCAGCCAGCCGGGACAUCCGCUGAAAAUAAACAGGGUGGCCUUAUGGCUUCUCGUUUCGCUACUAACAGCCCCUUGAACUCGCAUCCCCCAUCACUCUCACAUACAAGUGCGCCAUUCCAGGAAGCCGCGAAUCUCACUCCUCAACAGAAACUUGAGUAUUACCGCGAAUCUGCGGAGGACUCGCCUGACGAUGAUGAGCUUAAUGCGAUCAUGGAGCAGCUAAAUGAUGACUCGGAUGUGGGUAUUGAGCGCCAGGGGACCCCUCUUCCUCUUACUACACCUCUUCCUCGUCAGUUCUUCUCAGACUCCGUGGGUGGACCAACCAAGGAACGGCCGUUUGGCUCUGCAGAGGGCAGAAGCGAGGCACCCAGCCCUAGUCCUGGUGGCGGCCACAAGAGCUACAAGCUUGAAAUCCCUCGGCUUGGGUCAGAUAUUGACGCUCAGAGCAAUGCUACCUUCUCUCCUGUCAAGAGCCUUAUCUCUCGCAUCCAGUCUCCUGUGCGUCAGCUCAUCACCGAGAAUGACCAUGUCAGCGACUGGGAUGAUAUGAUAUCCUCUGGUGAAGAUGAGAAGUUCCUCAACCGCAACCGCUUCUUCGAUCGUCGCAUCAAUGACAUUGUUGGCUCUGCCAUUGAUGAUCGGUUGAGCCCUAUGGAGCGUGCUCUGGCUGUUAUUCAGCAGUCUGUUGCCUCUCUUGCUACUGGCGCUGCUACCCGGAGGGUUCUACGCAGCACAUCUGCGGAACUUGAGAAUAGCGACGCUGAUGAUGAGGAUGAUGACGAGGAACAUGGGGGCUCUAGUAGAGACCGCUCACCUCAUCAUAUGCGCGACCGUAAAGUGGAGAUGCUGAAGAACAUCGUCAUGGAAGCGCUUGUCACCCAUGAUAUGCCCCACCGCUCUACACAUCACUCUAGUCACAGCGAAAUGGCGAUGCUCAAGGAAAGCAUUGCUGAGCUGCAGGCUUUGACCAUCAAGAAGCUUGCACAGGAUCCCGUCGGUGAUAUGCGUGAGAUUCUUGAGGAGACCCUUGCUAGACAUUUGGCUCAGCAAACUCCGAAGUUGUCUGAAGCCGACGAGAUUGGUGCUGAUAGCCUCAUGCUCCAAAUCGACGGUCUCAAGAGCAUGCUGCGACUCGCCGAUCAGCGUUCUGAGCAAGAAUACAAGGCACGCCGAGAAGCACAGGAUUCAAUUGGUGAACUCCAAAAUCUCCUGAAGUUCGCUGAAGAGGAUGCUGCGCGUCACAGUGCUGCCGCUGAAGAUGCCGAGGCUCGCUUCCUGCAGUUCAAGGAGGAGAAGAUUCCCCAUCUUGAAAAGAUGCAAUUCCGAUCGGAGUCGCUUACGGAGGAGAAUGAGACACUGAAGGUCACGCUUGCUGAGCUUUCCUCAAAGAAUAUUGCCCUUGAAGGCACUCUGGACGAGUAUCGCGUUUCUAGCGACCACUUCCGUCGUCAACUGGAGACUGCCAAGGACGAGAAUAAGUCCCUACAUGAGACUAUUGAUCAUCUGCGUACUCGCAUUGAGGACAGCAUGUUUGCCCGCCAAAAUCUUACCGAGAAGUUCGAUCGUCUGCAAUCUGACAUGGUUACCGUCACUUCCGACGUAAUCAAGGACCAAGCUGCUGCCCGCCGCAGAGAGGAAGAACAGACUGCCAAACACAACGAGCUACUCGCAUCGCAUGCUCGUGAAAUCAAGCUCCGUGAGCAACUCGAGCAGGAGGUGCGUGAGUUUGAGCUGCGUGAAAGAGAAGCUGCCAAGAUUAAGUUUAUCCACGAACAGUCGCGACAAGAGAAUGUUCGAUUGGAGGAAACUAUCGCCAACCUGCGUGCCGAGAAUCAUGAAUUACAGUUGAAGUCGGCUCGUUUCGAGCGUGAGUUCAACGAGGCCCGUGAGAGCAGCCGUAUUGAGGUCCAACGUACCCGCACUUCUAUGGAGGCAGACCUCGAAGCUGCCAACAGCCAGGUCAAUAUUGUGCGCGCCGAGCUGGAAGCUCAGAUUAUCCGUCUCCAGAGCCAGAUUGAUCAUGUUCGCAUGGAUGCCGAUACCUCUCGGGAACGCUAUGAAAUGCUUCUCGAGGAUGCCAACGACUCCAAGGUCGCUGCUCUGAGCAUUGCUAAGGAAUCCCGGGAAACUGCCCUCGAGGACCAACGCAAGACCCACGAGCGCGUUCUCAAUGAUCUUCGUGAGCGUCACGCCCGUGCUUUGCACAACUCUUCUGAGGAUCGCCAGCGUGGUGAGGCUCACACGCAGGAGCGCCUGGCUCUUGCAGGUGAGAAGGUCAGCCACCUUCAGGACCGCGUGCAACACCUUGAAGAGAAGCUUGAAAUUGCCCAGUCUGCUGCCCGUGCUGCUGCUGAGGCUGCCCAGAAGGCUGGCGCUGGUCCUAUCUCUGUCCCAGCCCCGGCCCCUACACACUCGUCUUCGCCUUCCAUGUCUUUCAACAAGGGAUCCAAUGAGCCUGAUAAGAUCUCCCCGCAGGCUCUUCGCGAGUCUAUCUUCGUCCUUCAAGACCAACUUCAGCAGCGCGAGACCCGCAUUGAGGAGCUUGAGCAAGAGAUUGCGUCCGUGGACAAGGAUGCCCCCAACAAGAUCAAAGAGCGCGACAGCGAGAUCACCUGGCUCCGCGAGGUGCUCGGCGUUCGCAUCGAUGACCUGCAGGACAUUAUCAAGACUCUCUCGCAGCCUUCCUUCAACCAGCAUGCCGUCCGUGAUGCAGCUAUUCGCCUGAAGGCGAACCUGCAAAUGCAACAGCAAGAACGAGAGCGCGCCAUGUCCGGAGCAACACUUCCGUCACUUCAAUCAAUCGCGGCGUCUCCUCGCUCCCUUCCUCUCGCUGCUGCCGCGGCUUGGGGAAACUGGCGCAAGAGCAGAGAGACCAGUGGUGGCCCAGCUGAGCAGACUCCAUCCAAGUCCAGCAAUGCGAGUGCCUUCCUCUCAGGACUCCUGACACCUCCAAGCUCGCACGUUCGUCAGAACGCCCCUCCAUCUUCCGCUUCGGGACGCUCCUACGCCGAGAGUCGGCCUCUCAGAGGAUUCAACACUCCUCGCCGCGGCUCAGUUCGGUCUGAAGCACCUAUCCCUGAGCCACCCAAGACUCCCCCACUUCUUCGGCGCUCCAGCUAUGACCACGAUGCAGAGCCAGCGAACUACGAGGCAGACAACUUUGCUUCCGAUGAUGUCGAGAGCACCGUUGGGGGUAUGGUCUCGGCGUCUCCCAAGGACACUGGCGAGGAAGGUCCAUUUGGCCCACAGAUCUCGUCUGAUACUGAAGAAACUUCCGAAGAGACUGAGGAGACUGAGACCGAAGAGUAA